UAGUCUGUCCAGUUGUCGACGGCACACACUGUGAGGCGGUCCCGAUCUGGAUUCUGAAAAAAAAAAAAGAAGUCGGUCGUUUGUCAAUUUAGUUUUAUUAUUUGUGAAUCUAUUUGGGACAUUAGCCUCUGUCUAAAACUAUGGCUUCUUCGGAUGUUGCUCGACAGCCGGAUAAAGGAGUCCGGCCUCUCUCCUUGGCAGGCCAUGUGGGCUUUGACAGUCUUCCCGAUCAGCUUGUCAACAAGUCCAUCUGCCAGGGCUUCUGCUUUAAUAUUCUCUGCAUCGGUGAGACUGGUAUUGGCAAGUCUACUCUAAUGGACACUCUAUUCAAUACCAACUUUGAGAACUUUGAGUCAUCCCAUUUUGAGCCUCAGGUUAAGCUGCGCGCCCAGACCUACGACCUGCAGGAGAGUAAUGUCAGGCUACGCCUCACCGUGGUCAACACUGUGGGCUUCGGAGACCAAAUGAACAAACAAGAGAGCUAUCAGCCGGUGGUGGACUACAUCGAUAGGCAGUUUGAGAGUUAUCUGCAGGAAGAGCUAAAGAUCAAGCGCUCUCUUCACAACUACCAUGACUCACGAGUCCAUGCCUGCCUUUACUUCAUCUCCCCCUCAGGACAUUCACUCAAAUCCCUGGACCUGGUCACUAUGAAGAAACUAGACAGCAAGGUGAACAUCAUCCCUGUGAUCGCCAAGGCUGACACCAUCAGUAAGAGCGAGCUGCAUAAGUUUAAGAUCAAAAUCAUGAGUGAGCUGGUCAGCAAUGGCGUCCAGAUCUACCAGUUCCCCCUGGAUGAUGAGACCGUGGCCAAAGUCAACACCACUAUGAACGGUCAUUUGCCAUUUGCUGUAGUAGGCAGCACAGAGGAAGUCAGUGUUGGCAAUAAGAUGGUGAAGGCUCGUCAGUAUCCCUGGGGUGUAGUACAAGUGGAGAACGAGAAUCACUGUGACUUUGUGAAGCUGAGGGAGAUGCUGAUUUGUGUAAACAUGGAGGACCUUAGAGAGCAGACGCACACUCGCCACUACGAGCUGUACAGACGCUGCAAACUGGAGGAGAUGGGCUUCAAAGACACAGACCCAGAGUGCAAACCUGUCAGUUUGCAGCAGACUUACGAGGCCAAACGUCAGGAGUUCCUGGUGGAGCUGCAGAAGAGAGAGGAUGAAAUGAGACAGAUGUUUGUGCAGAGGGUGAAGGAGAAGGAGGCGGAGCUGAAGGAGGCUGAGAGAGAGCUGCAGAGCCGUUUUGAGCAGCUGAAGCGUCUCCAUGCGGACGAGAAAGCAGCCUUGGAGGAGAAGAAGAGACUCCUGGAGGAGGACCAGAGUUCCUUCAGCAAGAGACGAGCUGCUGCUCAGCUCCUACAGGCCCAGAGUCUCACUGCCAACGGCAAGAAGGACAAAGACCGCAAGAAUUCUGGCUUUAUGUGAAGACUCUGAAGUACACUCCAUCAUGACCAGUAUAACCAGUGGCAUUCUGCCCACAUCCUUUUCUAGCCCUUUGUGGCCAGUCUCAAACACUAACCAGGAAAACCCCACACAAACCAGCAGUGUGUGCAAGUUUGAUUACGUGCCAAAGUUUAAUGACUGUACCCAAGAAUCCUGUGUACACUUUCCUCAAUAGUAUUUUUUAAUCUUCUUUGUGGGUUUUAUACCUCUUUUGUGUAAUAUUUUAUAUUUAUCCUUUCAUUUUUCUAUAAAACAUUUAUUUUCCAUAUACCUCCCUUUUUUGGCCAGACUGAGGGACACCUCAGUGGAUUGAUCCUCACACAGCCUCCUUACUUGAUACUGUACACAGAUCAAAAGACAUCAAGAGGUACAAAUCACACAGUGUAAGGGACUUUAUCAUUUACAUUUUAUCUGUCUUCCAUGUCUUUAGCAUAUCAUGUUCUAUAAAGAACCAAAUUAGUCUUGUGACUUUUCCAAUGAGUCAGUCUAUAAUCUGUAAAAUGCUUGUAAUUUAUUAUCAAGCCCUUUUCAGACAUGCACUUCACGAGGUACAGUUGCCAGCAAUUCUGCAUGUUGGUGUGGAGAAUUUUAUUCAACUGCAAAGUGAGUUUUAAUAUCAAUUAUGUUAUUAUUUUUACAACUCACAGCUGUUCUCCAGUAUUGCUAUAGCUGCAGUCAGAAGGAAUACAGUCUGGACACAUGCAGACAAAUUGCAGACAUGUAUUUAAAUGCCAAAUACGCCAUUAAUUUAACAGAUAUGUAGCUAAAUCCACCAAGGUUACAGAAUCCAUGUCUGAAAACGGCUUAAUCUGUAUCUGUGAUCAUUUCUGAAGCUUUAUUCAGUGCAUUUAUCAUGAAGAACUGUCAUAAACAUGGUCACAAGGCAUUAUAAUUCCUUAUCCUUUCUCUGUAUUAUGUUUGACUUUUUUUUUCUUACACUUCCUUGAUGCUCUAAACCUAAACCAGCAUUACAAAAACCUGCAGGAGUCACACUGAUUCUCCUGUUUUUCCAAAGGGAAAGAUUUAUUCCUGAACGUUGAACUUCUCCCGUCCAAUCACAGUUUGCUUUGAGGGUUAGGUUGAGGCUUGGUUCUGGAUUAGGUACAUAUUACAGCAUAUUUUUAUAUAUAUUGUGUUUUACUCGCCUCCCUAUUUUUCCUGCUGACACAAAUAGUCAGAAGUUUGUCUGAAAAGAGCUGACUUAUGGAAGAGAAGGCAUCAUGUCAAGUCAGUGUUUACUGAGGGGGUAAAGGAAGGAGGGGGAGGAUGCAUUUGUGAUUAUAUUCUAAGCAUUUUUUUUACACACUUCUCCCUGGAGUUGAGAUAAAACAGGGUUUCACACCUCAUAGCCUUUUACAGUACAGAGUAAACGGGACACUGUGGUGCUGGUUUCCAGUUCAAGUGUGAUUUCUAAAUCAACAUUUACUCACAAACACUGCCACUUUAUAUUUACCCUAGCGCUUCAGAUGUGUUAGUGCCUUAUCUGUGAGAAGCUUACUUAAAUACACUAUCUACUUAGACACCCAGGGAAACACACCAAUACCUUAUGGAGUAAAGCUUGUCAGUGUUGACACACAUUUGUACUACACUUGUAUUUAAGGAAUAAACAGUGUUAUUUGGGAGCUUUUUUUCCUUCUUGCUAAAUAAAUCUUUGUAUUUUUGUCAUGAUA